CCUAAUACGGAGUCCUAUUCCAACUACGAAACCCGAAUACUCCGUAUAAGUCCAACAAUCCUUUUUCCUUACUCGCGCAUAAACAAAGCUGUCUUCUUUCUCGAUCAAUUCGCCGACGGACCGAACCAGAGAGGGGGACCGAAGCACGUCGCCGGAGGCUUUGCCGGAGUACGAGUGCUCGUUUCAAUCACCGUCCAUAUUCAUCAUCUUCUCAAUUGACGCGUGACCAGGGUCAAAUCGGAGGGACGACAUCGACGCCAGCGAUCCAAGAUUUAUUUUCUCAAAUAAUCGAGUGUUUACAAAUUGGUGAUUCUGAUUAUGGCAAUCAAAAACCAUGCACGACAUCUUCUCCCUGAAGCAAAUGUCUAAUCAGAUGAAAGCAAAAGGUUUGCAGAAGUUGAAGUAUUAUUGUGAGUCGUGCAAGAAGCAAUGCCGAGAUGCGAACGGAUUCAAGUGUCAUACUAUGAGCGAAGGCCACUUGCGUCAAAUGGAAAUUUUUGGCCAAAAUCCUGAAAAAUUUGUUCAAGGUUACUCUUUGGAAUUUGAGACUGGCUUCUUUGAGGUUUUGAAACGAUGCCACGGGCCGAGGACUCGUGUUGCAGCAAUGGUGGUUUACAACGAGUACAUUACAAAUAGGCACCAUGUUCAUAUGAACUCUAGUUGCUGGAAUACUUUGACUGAGUUUGUGAUGUAUUUGGGUAAAUCUGGCAAGUGCAAGGUGGAAGAUACCGAAAAAGGAUGGUUCAUUACUUACAAUGCCUCUGCAGAUUCUCAAGAGUUGCUUCAAAAGAAGUCUAGGGGUAAGAGGUUUAAGAAUAAGUUGGUGGAAGAAAAAAAUAAAGAAAAGCAAAUUGAGAAACAGAUUAAGAGAGCUUCUUCUUCUUCUUCUUCUUCUUCUGCUAUUGCGAAAGACAUGGGGAUUGAGAAGAACAACAACACAAGGAUUGCAUUUGCAGUCGCUGCCAGUAGCAGUAGUGGUGUUGUUAAGCGCCACAGAGAAGAAAAUCAUUCCAAGUUCAGUGUGUUUGAGGAGGAAGAAGAUGCAGCAAAAGUGAAAAGAAAGAGAGUUCGUGCGACGAGCGCUUGUGUGUUGGAGGAGUUAAUGAUGGAGGAAGAAGCAAUGAAGGAUAGAGGGAACAACAGAAAACCACAUUGGCUGUGUGAAGGGCUUAUUGUCAAGGUUACAAACAGAGCAUUAAGUGAGAAAGGGCACUAUAACAAGAAGGGCAUCAUCAGAAAGGUUUUGGGCAAGUACUAUGGAGAAAUCAUGAUGCUUGAUGAUCAUCAACCCCUUCUUCGGCUUCAUCAAGAUGAUCUUGAGACUGUGAUUCCUUGCAUUGGUGGUGUGGUGAGGAUUGUAAAUGGGUCAUAUCGCGGAUUCAAUGCAAGGUUGCUCGCUGUCGAUACUGGUAACUUUUGCGCCAAGGUACAGUUAUUGGACACGUGUUGCGCCUACCAAGGGCGAGUGCUUCCUGAGAUGGCUUAUGAUGAUAUCUGCAAGUUAAAUUGCUGACCUGUACAAGCUUAGCUCUUCCAAAAUACUCAGUAUUUUUAUAUUUCUUCUAUAUAUUGGAAAGUUAGAUUGGAUUAUGAAAAAUAUUUUAAUUUUUUCUUCUUCUUCAUUAGGCACCAUGUUCAUAUGAAUUCCACUUGCUGGAAUACUUUGACUGAGUUUGUGAUGUAUUUGGGUAAAUCUGGCAAGUGUAAGGUGGAAGAUACCGAAAAAGGAUGGUUCAUUACUUACAAUGCCGCUGCAGAUUCUCAAGAGUUGCUUCAAAAGAAGUCUAGGGGUAAGAGGUUGAGGAAUAAGUUGGUGGAAGAAAAAAAUCAAGAAAAGCAAAUUGAGAAACAAAUUAAGAGAAUUUUU